AUGUCUGACGGCGUGAACAUUACCGGCCUUCCUCUAUGGGAGCACAUGAACUUUUCCAAGAGCUGUGAUGCCUGGGGUGAAUGUGUCCCAGAUGGGUGGCAGAAGCCAGAUGAUUGGACAGAGGGCAUGUACCACGGAUACGUGCUGGAUUGGUAUGGAUUCAAUUACAACUCCUAUCCCAACGGGACUCUCAACUUUACCGAUAAGUUCCUUUAUAACUUGAUAUUGGACCCAAGCGAAGUUUGCAAAACACAGCAGGUUUUCACAUCCUACUUUGUGGAGGCCAUCAUAAUCACCAUCCUCUUGCUCACCUACUCGUUUUGGCGCUUCCGGCUGCCGUACCCUUCGUGCAAGAACCCCGAGCCGAAUGGGAGACCUUCAGGAGUGCUGCACCGCUUUGUCGUCGGCCUACAAGAGUCGCUUCAGAAUUUUCUCGACGCUUCAGAGUUUUUCAGCAUCGCCAUGCUCGUCGCCGCCCUAUAUUUGUCUAGCACCGGGUUGAGGGAACGAAAAGAACCUGGUUCUAACAACCAGGUUCCACAAAAGACUGCUCUAUACGACAUGCUGCUCUCUAUGCUCGCAUCGACGUUCUCUGUAUUUCCGGUCAUUAUUGCUUACAGUAUCAAGCGGCGACAUCCCCCGGAUUCCGAGAAAUACAAUCUCCGCCCGGCUUUGCUUAGCAUGGCAAUCUUGUCGCUCAUAUGGAUCUUAUCCGUGGUAGAAGCCUUCAUAUCCCUAUACGGUAACCUUGACUACGACUAUGGUGAGGCUGAUGCCGUUUAUGCAAAGGAAUACAACUGCGACUGGAGAGCCUCAAUUAACUACUGGGUCGGUAUGAGGGCCGCGCAAGCUCUCCUCCUCUUUUGUCCCCUCUUCUUUGUUAUUAUGACGGGAUUCUUGAUCACCGGCUUUGGAAUAUCCGGGGUCGUGCAUAAGCCACUAGUCGCACGCUGCCGACGUCUGUGGCGACUUGUUAUUGCUUGGGUCAAUCUCCUGGCCAUGUGGGGUGUCCUGGGAUUUUUCACGUGGGUAAGACACAAGAUUGAUCUUACAGUUGGACAUCUUAACGAAUCGAAUGAGUGA